AAGAGGUUCUGACUUUUGCAAAGGAAGACGGAUUACGUGGACACAAGGUCAUUUAGAUUGUAAAUUCCUGAAAGACAGGAUUUUUUUUUUUAUCAUCUCUGCCCGCCUUUCCCAUCCCAUCCCUGAACAAACGUCUGUUGACUUAAACUAGAAAAAGAAAGUGGUGGAAAAGUUUCUCUCCGGCUUUCCUGGAACCGGGCAAAUUCCUGAGAGGAGCUGGUGAACAGGACUUCGCGGUCACUUCAGUACAGCGCUAAAAAAAAAAAAAAAAAAAAGUGGUAACAGCGCAACUACGAGAAGAAUGGGUGGCACUCUUCUAAAAUUUACGGUAGAGACCUCUGCUCUGGAACUCAAAGGAAGGUUAAUUUAGGGGCCGAGCUAGUGGUGGGACGCGGAUGCGUAAAUGCCGCCACUAGCAAGCGGGCGUUUUUGGCGCGCAGUACUCCUGCGAACCUGCAGCGCAAGGGUCUUGGGGCACCACGGGGCUUCCGGCGGUCCGGGUUGCAAGUGGAAUCCUCCUGUCGGAGCGGAAGAGCUGCGGGGAGAGCUGGACAGAUUCGGGGGCGUCUCGGUGCGCCUUGCGCGGCUCGGCGCGCUGGACCGCCUGGACGCCGCCUCAUUCCAGAGGGGCUUGCAGGCUGCAGUACAACGAUGGAGAUCAGAAGGUAGGAUAGCGGUAUGGCUGCAUAUUCCCAUCCUCCAAAGCCGAUUUAUUGCCCCUGCUGCUUCCCUGGGUUUCUGCUUUCACCAUGCAGAAUCGGAUUCAUCCACGCUGACACUGUGGCUGGGAGAGGGACCCAGCAGAUUACCAGGAUAUGCUACACAUCAAGUAGGAGUUGCAGGAGCUGUAUUUGAUGAAAAUACUAGGAAAAUAUUGGUUGUACAAGAUCGAAAUAAAUAUUUCCCACAUAUUAUGUCUGCCCAACAGACCUCUAAUCCUGGUUCUGAUGACAAUGGUGGAGUUGAAAGGGAGGCUGCAUUAGUGAAAAGAGUACUAGCCAGGAGCAAGGACUCCUGA